CAUAGGCUCAUUUUGCUAGCAUAGUGUAAAAAACCGGUGCUAGCUCUCCGUUAGAGUUAUCAAAUUCUUUAUAGCUUAGUUACAAUCGAACUUUAGAAGGCAUUAGUUGUUUCUAAUUCCAUUCGGCGAGAUAAGCGUCAGAAAUGCGAGCCCAGAACGGCAAACUUUGGUCAACUUUGCACGAAGGCAAGUAUGAAGUCUGCAGUCUGGCUAGGGAGGAUUUGGAGGAAGCCCUUAAUGUGCUGGACGACUCGUUCUUUAUCAAUGAAUCAGUUUGCAUCGCCUGUGAAAUAAACUUGCCGCAAAAUACGCAGGCGCGUCAAGAGUUGCGAGAGCUAUGCCGUAUCACUGCACAGGAUGGAGUUUCCUUAAUUAUGAGACACGUGGAAAGCUGUCGGAUUGUUGCCGUUUCCUUUAACAAGUUGCAGUUCGCUCCUCCGCCUGGCGAGGAUAAUUUCUUUGUUAAGUUCUACAAUGAGCAAGUGAAAAGUCCUCAGGCUAAAAGCCUCAUGAAUUAUAUGAUUACGAUGGACUCAAAGAUCGACGUGUUUGCCGAAUACAACCUGGAUUGCGUAUGUGAACUUAUGUUUUUGGCCACUUUGCCGGAAUUUCGGCGCCUGGGACUUGGUCGCGCUCUUGUUGAAUCCACCGUUCAACUGACUCGUGAACUUGGGCAGGGUCGUGGCUUGCAGGAUGUGGCAAAGGAAUUGCAGGAUAAACGUCCUGCGGCGGUCACUGCACUCUGGACCUCCGUCUACACACAAAAAAUUGGCAAUGCUGUGGGUUUUAUGGUGCUGAACACAGUACCUUUCAAUGAGUUUGAAUUUAAUGGCAAACGCUUUAAUGAGCGUAUUGGACCCGAGCAUGAAUUUAGUCAACAAGCUAUGUACAAAUUGUAAGAACAACAAAUUGUCUCAAAAAUAUAAAAAAGCAAAAAAA